AUGAAGAUGGAGAACUUGACGUGGACGUGGAGAAACGUGAGCAGAGUUCUGUCGGAGCUGGACGGGACGGGAGCCGAGGAGGAGCAGGAGGAGGAGCGGGGCGGUGCGGGGGGCGGCGGGCUGCGCGUCCUCGUGGGCUGCGUGCUCUUCCUGCUCAUCGUGUCCACGCUGCUCGGGAACACGCUCGUGUGCGCCGCCGUGGUUCGGUUCCGACACCUGCGCUCCAAAGUCACCAACUUGUUCGUCAUCUCUCUGGCCGUGUCCGACCUGUUCGUGGCCGUGCUCGUGAUGCCGUGGGAGGCCAUCACGGAGGUGACGGGCACGUGGCUGUUCGGGCGGUUCUGUGAGGUCUGGAUCGCCUUCGACAUCAUGUGCUCCACCGCCUCCAUCUUGAACCUGUGCAUCAUCAGUGUGGACCGGUACUGGGCCAUCGCCAGCCCGUUCAAGUACGAGCGGAAGAUGACCCAGCGCGUGGCGUUCGUCAUGAUCGGGGUGGCGUGGACCUUGUCCAUCUUGAUCUCCUUCAUCCCGGUGCAGCUCAACUGGCACCAGGCAGGCGAGGAGGAGGCGGAGGAGGUGACGGAGGAGGUGAUGGAUGUGAUGGCGUCCAGCGGCAGGAACUUCACCAACAGCAGCAACGCCGGCGCCGCCACCAAGAGCUGCGUGGCCAACCUGAACAGAACCUACGCCAUCUCCUCGUCCUUCAUCAGCUUCUACAUCCCCGUGGUCAUCAUGAUCGCCACCUACACCCGCAUCUACAGGAUCGCUCAGACCCAGAUCCGCCGGAUCACGUCUUUGGAGAGGGCGGCGGAGCAGGCGCAGAACCAAGGCCACGGCAUGAACCGGAACCAGCACCAGCAGCAGCGACCCAAUGACGAGGCCUCGCUCAAGUCGUCCUUUAAGAAGGAGACCAAAGUCCUGAAGACACUGUCCAUCAUCAUGGGCGUGUUCGUCUUCUGCUGGCUGCCCUUCUUUGUCCUCAACUGCACCGUCCCGUUCUGCGACCCGCCCUGCGUCAGCGACACCACCUUCACCGUCUUCGUCUGGUUCGGCUGGGCCAACUCCUCCCUCAACCCGGUCAUCUACGCCUUCAAUGCCGACUUCCGGCGGGCCUUCGCCACCAUCCUCGGUUGCAACCAGAUCUGCUCCAGCAACGCGGUGGAGGCGGUGAACUUCAGCGACGAGCUCGUCUCGUACCACCACGACACAACGCUCCACAAGGAGGCGCUGGUCCCUGCGCAGCAGCAGCAGCAUCCUCGCACCAUCAACGUCGGGUCCGACCACCUGGAGGACGUGAGCGCUCAGUUUGACGAGGAGUCGCUCAUCUCCAACCGAUCCCAGAACCACAACCGACUGCUGCUGCUGCCCACCACCGUGCAGCUCGAGGACGACCACGAAAUCUCCCUGGAGACCAUCACGCCGUUCACUUCGGUGGCAGGACUUGAGAGUGACGGUCUGAUACCGGGACAGGUCCACCAGGACGGAUAGGACAGAACCGCCAUUACCAAACAGGAAGUUAGGCUUCAGAAUAAAAGCAUAAAGUGUUUUGAGAUAUUGGACUCAGCUGAUCUUUAAAAACACGACAGACUUUUUUUACAUGACUGGUUUCGGAUCCAGAUGAAGUCUGGAGACAAACGUCCUGCACGUCAGUGUGACGCGUUCAGGGACCAAAUGCUGCCAAAAUAUGCAAAAUAUUGUCUGUCUUCAUCAGGACAGAAUCUGGUCCUGUCACUGGUGGUGCAUUCAGGGACAGAUGCAGCAGUAUUACAGUUCAUCACAGCGUCAGGUGAUGGAGCAAUAUAUAAACAAUAUAAAACAUCAUCUCUGUGUUUCAGUGAGUCAGUCCACGUCCAUGUUCUGAUAGUUCCACACGCUCGACAUGAUAUUUGUUUAUUUCCUCCAUCUGUGAAUGUUUCUGUAGUUUGUGUCUGAAUAUGAUCUGAGCUCGGCCGUGAGUGUGUGUUACACCUCAGCCUCAGAACCAGCAGUGAGCAGGAACACAGUCAUCAGCCCAGCCAGGUGGUCCUGCUGGGUUUGGCUCCUGGUUUGGUCCGGUCCAGCUGCUGACAGCUGAAGUUCAUAAAGAUCUGCAUAGUGAACUCUGACAUAAAUUCAUAUUCAGAUUGAUAGAUCUGAGGUCUAACGUCGGUCUCACUGUUUGUGGAUCAGAGUCAUUAACGAGGACUUAGAGAAGCUGAGUUCAUUACAGAGGAUUAAAGGUGUUUGUAACAAAGCUUAAAACACUUUCAUGGAUUUAAUAUGAAACAGAAAGAACAGAAAGUUCUAAACGAGCUGACGGGUCGGGGCUUUGGAUCCAGACAGAGCAGCAGGAGGUCUGUCUGCAUGUCGCUGCCCCCCAAGAUGAACUGAAACCAUGAUUCCUGCUGCUUUUUGAUCGGAUUUCUCUUCGUGUUCCGAGGUCCGGUUCUGUAGAGAAACAACCUGCCAAGCAAGUCCAAAACAUUCUUCCUUUUUCCAUCAGAGGAAACAUACCUGCAGAAUUUAAAAUGAAGAUGAACGAAUGAAGAGAGAGAAGAGCAGACUGGAGCCGAGGACACAAGAUAGAGAUAGAUAGAUACUUUAUUGAUCUGAAGGAGAUCCCAUCAUACAUUGAACAUUAGAACAUGCAUUAGGAUCGACCUCUGACACCGUGACCACGCGAGAUCAUCUAAUCAUCUAAAUGUGCAGAGGGGAAGAAACUUCUAAUGAAACGUUUGCAUAGAAAAUAAAUGUAACAGUGUGAAGUGAAGCCGUGCUACGUCUGUACGAGACUCUAAAAACACAAAACUGAUAGAAACUAUAGAAAAAAUAGAAAGUGAUGGUAGAAAUAAAAAUAUGAGUUAGAAUGGAUCUGAUGUUCUUCAGUCUGCUGGUGGAGCAGGACAUGGACAGCAGUCCUCUGCCUGGUGAAGCUGUGCAGAGGGUGGUGGACAGCAGUUUGUCCUCAGUCCUUCUCUCUGUCUCUGAGUCCUGCUCUGUGUCCACCACUGUGAAAAAAUGUCAUUCUGUGAGUCAUUAUUAAAGCAAACAAACCAAAGCACCUGAACUUGUGUAUUUCAUCGAGCAGCUCAAACAGAGUGAGCUUCCAAAGGUUCCUGUCUAACAUCAGAGGAACGUCCAGGAUUUCUCUCUCUGCUCGCUCCUUUCAUCUUCAGUCAGUCGUGGAGUUGAAACAGAGUGGAGGCCCCCGGGGGCCACUGAGGGGACGACCCCAUGAACCCCACAGGUGUUUCCUUCAGGUUCAGGUGCAUCACCAUCAUCACCAUCAUCAUCUUCAUCAU